AUGGAGUUUAGGGCAGGGAUGCACAACCUCCUGCCCACAGAAGGACUUGAUCUGGCCUGCAGCCAGAUAAAAUCCUUCCACUGGUACUGCAAUCCAAUAGGAUAUGCCAUACCAUUGAAGAUAGUCCUGCUUCCCUCGAUGUUUUGGCCCACAGAGGAAAAGGUGGCCGUGGCUCAGUUGAAUUCCCUUUUUCCUGAAGCGGUCGGAGCUGAAAGUAAUCUCCAGAAAGGACGCCUUGUACCUUGCCUUAAAUCACGUGGGAAAAGAGCCCAUCACAUCCCAACCAACAAAGUUCCAAUGCCGUGA